AUGCUCAGAUCGUCCAUUGGCAAUGCGGAUCACCAAAAACUCAUUACAGAAUAUUAUGGGGACAGCGCAACGUUGCAGAAGAAACAGCCGUCGCUGUCGCUCAGUCAACCUAGUCAGACACAGUACAGUCGCAGUGGGUUAUAUCUCAAUGGCAUCAAGACAGACGAUAUGAAUCUGUUCUACGAGUCAUUCGCCAACGACGGUGACUUCUCCUCGAGCGACGAGAGCGAUGACUCAGAUGUUACCAAGGACG